AUGUUCCCAUUUGAACCAGCGGUCCACUGUCCCCACCACACCAAGCCGGAACACGCCUCCCCAGGAGACUCCAUCGCCCUCACUGUCUCCCCCGCCACCGACGGCUGCCCUCAUUGCACCGUCGCCCUGUCAAUCAGCGACGGGGCGGGACCUGCCGACAGCCUGGCCAAUUUGGAGGUGGAGGAAGGAGCUUUGGAGAAGACGGACGGGGAGGGCAGCAAAUGCGAUGCCAGGAAGGAGGAAGUGAAUGACGCGGCUCCCGCUAAGGUUUCUGGGGGAUGUAGGCGGGGGUGUGGGAAGCUGUGGGAGGAGACGAGGUUGAAGUUGUUGGGGAUCGUGGAGAGCAAGUACUUCAAUAGAGGAAUUAUGAUUGCUAUCCUCAUCAAUACCAUCAGUAUGGGAAUCGAACACCACAACCAGCCUGAGGAACUAACCAACGUGUUGGAGAUCUGUAACAUAGUGUUCACUAGUAUGUUUGCCAUGGAGAUGAUUCUGAAGAUAACAGCGUCCGGAUGUUUCAACUAUCUGAGAAACCCCUACAAUGUGUUCGACGGUGUCAUCGUCAUUAUCAGUGUGUGUGAGAUCAUCGGCCAGUCUGACGGAGGUCUGUCCAUUUUGAGGACCUUCAGACUCCUUCGUGUCCUGAAGCUAGUCAGGUUCAUGCCAGCGCUGCGCAGACAGCUCGUGGUCCUGAUGAAGACUAUGGACAAUGUGGCCACCUUCUGUAUGCUGUUGAUGCUGUUCAUCUUUAUAUUCAGUAUCUUGGGAAUGCAUAUCUUUGGCUGCAAGUUCAGCCUGAAGACAGAGGCAGGAGACACUGUUCCAGACAGGAAGAACUUUGACUCUCUACUCUGGGCCAUCGUCACUGUGUUUCAGAUCCUAACCCAGGAAGACUGGAACACGGUGCUGUAUAAUGGAAUGGCUGCCACCUCUCCUCUAGCUGCUCUGUACUUCGUAGCUCUUAUGACGUUUGGGAACUACGUCCUCUUCAACCUGCUGGUGGCCAUCUUGGUAGAGGGAUUUCAGGCUGAGGGAGAUGCUAAUCGCUCCUAUUCAGAGGAUGACAGUUCCCCCUCUAACUUUGACGAGAGUGAGAAGCUUAAUGAUUCUCUCAAACUGUCUGAUCCUAAGAUCUGCACUUUGACCCCUAACGGGCACCUGGAGUUGACCACGUUGACCCCGGUGAUGACCCCCAGGGGGUCGUACCCCACUGACAGGCUGACCUAUGCCCUGGGGUCACGGAAGAGCAGCGUUAUGAGUCUGGGCAAGGCCAACCUGGAGCAGAGGAGAUCAUUCUCUCUGCACCACGGCCGCAGUUCCCUGCACCACCAUUGGGGUCGCCCUCCCCCUCCUCAGAGUGCAUGGAACCGCAGGUCCAGCUGGAACAGCCUGGGUUGUCCCUCCCGGGGGCUAGGGGGGAUGGGAGCAGGUGUGGUGGGAGGAAGCCUCCGUGUCCGAAGCCCCCACUCCCACAUCCACUCCCUUUACCACUCAGCCGAACAUGAGUUCCUCCUCUCCCCCGCUCUCCGCCUCCCCCCUCACCACGCUCCCCCUCUCCCCCUCCUCUCCCGACGCAAUGCCAUCCGGCACCGGGACCGCCGCGCUCUCUCCCUGGAGCUGCCAAACAUGCUCCAGGUCCCCGGGGGACCUCCGUCUUACCCCAACCCCAGGAUGAGGAGUGUUUCUGGGGGAGGGAGCAGCGGCAGUGGGGGUAUGGUGGUGGAGCACCAUGAUUGUAAUGGAAAGGCUCCUAGUCCUAUUGGUGUUAUGGGUCCCCAGACUGCCCAACUCCUAACGGAGGUCUUCCCUCAGCUGAACCUCGCCAAGGACAGAUCGGACCUGGAUGAGGAGAUAGACUAUAGUCUGUGUUUCCGUAUCCAGAAGAUGAUGGAGGUGUACAGGCCUGACUGGUGUGAGAAAAGAGAGGACUGGUCUGUCUACCUCUUCUCACCACAGAACAAGUUCAGACUGCUAUGUCAGUCCAUUAUAGCCCACAAGCUCUUUGACUACGUGGUUUUAUCCUUCAUCUUUCUCAACUGUAUCACUGUAGCUCUGGAGAGACCCAAAAUACUGCAGAGCAGCUUGGAAAGACUUUUCCUCACAGUCUCCAACUACGUCUUCACAGCCAUAUUUGUGGCUGAGAUGACCGUCAAGGUGGUCUCUAAGGGUCUGUACCUGGGUGAGAAGGCCUAUCUGAAAAGCAGCUGGAACGUUCUGGAUGGUUUCCUGGUCUUCGUGUCGUUGAUUGACAUUGUUGUGUCCAUGGCGGGCGGGGCUAAGAUCCUGGGGGUGCUGAGAGUGCUCAGGCUGCUCAGGACACUACGCCCUCUCAGGGUGAUCAGUAGAGCUCCAGGCCUGAAGCUAGUGGUAGAGACUCUCAUCACGUCUCUGAAGCCUAUAGGAAACAUCGUCCUCAUCUGCUGCGCUUUCUUUAUCAUCUUCGGCAUCCUCGGUGUGCAGCUGUUCAAGGGGAAGUUUUACUACUGCCUGGGUCUAGAGGUGAAGAACAUCACCAACAAGUCUGACUGUCUCCAGGCUAACUACAGAUGGGUUCACCACAAAUACAACUUUGAUAACCUGGGACAGGCUCUGAUGUCUCUGUUUGUGCUGGCAUCUAAAGACGGGUGGGUCAACAUCAUGUACCAUGGUCUGGAUGCUGUGGGUAUAGACCAACAGCCGUCUAUUAACAACAAUCCGUGGAUGCUCCUGUACUUCAUUUCCUUCCUCCUCAUCGUCAGUUUCUUCGUUCUCAACAUGUUUGUGGGCGUGGUGGUGGAGAACUUCCACAAGUGCAGACAGAACCAGGAAGUGGAGGAGGCAAAAAGGAGGGAGGAGAAACGACAGAGACGCAUGGAGAAGAAGAGGAGGAAGGCCCAGAAGCUACCCUACUAUACCAACUAUAGUCAUGGUCGUCUGAUGAUCCACACUCUGUGUACCAGCCACUACCUGGACCUCUUCAUCACCUUCAUCAUCUGUAUCAAUGUCAUUACUAUGUCCCUGGAACACUACAGCCAACCACAGUCAUUGGAGACGAGUCUGAAGUAUUGUAACUAUUUCUUCACCACAACCUUUGUGUUGGAAUCUGUCCUCAAGCUCAUCGGCUUCGGGUUCCGACGCUUCUUCAAGGACAGGUGGAACCAGCUGGACCUGUCCAUAGUGUUGUUGUCAGUGAUGGGCAUCAUUCUGGAGGAGAUUGACUACAAUGCUUCUCUACCCAUCAACCCGACCAUCAUCAGAAUCAUGAGGGUGCUGCGGAUAGCACGAGUUCUCAAGCUAUUGAAGAUGGCUACAGGAAUGAGAGCUCUUCUAGAUACAGUGGUUCAGGCUCUACCUCAGGUGGGGAACCUGGGCCUGCUGUUUAUGUUGCUGUUCUUCAUCUACGCUGCUCUGGGGGUGGAACUGUUUGGAGAGCUGGUGUGUAAUGCUGACUACCCGUGUGAGGGCAUGAGUCGGCACGCCACCUUCGAGAACUUUGGUAUGGCCUUUCUCACCCUCUUCCAGGUCUCCACCGGAGACAACUGGAACGGCAUCAUGAAGGACACCCUGCGUGAGUGCCCUCCAGGACCCAGUGACUACCCGUGCCACGCUGGACUCCAGUUCAUCUCUCCCAUGUACUUUGUCUCCUUCGUCCUCACCGCCCAGUUCGUACUCAUCAACGUGGUGGUGGCUGUGCUCAUGAAGCACCUGGACGACUCAAACAAAGAGGCCCAAGAGGAUGCUGAGAUGGAUGCAGAGAUUGAGCUGGAGCUAGCCCAGGGACAACUCCAACUACCCACCUGCUGCAUGGGGGGGCUGGGCACUGGGCUGGUCGUGGCUGGGGCCUCUGGAGCGCCUGGUGGAGGUGGAGGGUUGGAAGGAGGGACCAGGCAGGGUCAGGGGGUAGGGCUGAUGACAGGGGCCGUAGUGGAUCACAGUGGAGUGACCCCUCCCAAUAGAGGAGGAGAAAGACACGAGGGACACAGACGACAUCACAGGCGGAAGCUGUACUCACCUGCACAGGUUUGUGCACAGGAGAGUCAGUGGUUGGACAGUGUAUCUCUGCUGAUAAAGGACUCAUUUGAAGGAGAGAUGCUGAUGAUUGACAACCUCUCUGGGUCUGUCUUCCAUCACUACUCCUCUACCUCUUCUCCUGUCUGGAAGGACUACAAGGGGAAUCUGCAAGAGAUCCGAUUGGCUGAGGUGGAGCAGGCGUCUCUGAUGUCAGAGCAGUUGUCUGACAAGUCGUCAUCACUGGCCCUUCCUGAUGAUCUUAGUCUGGACGACCACAGUGACUACCAGCUCCUGGUCAGGGACGGCAAGGAGGAGAGAGGGAGCAGUGACUCCCACAGUUCUGAGGAAUUGAGGGGGAUUCAGGCUGGGUGUGGAGGGCGUUGGGGGCACGGAGGUUCUCGACCCCACAGCAGAGGCCCUGAAGAUGGGGUAGGAUUCCUGCUAGAGGUGGGUGCCCAGCCCCAGUUCCAGAGCCAGUCUCUCCAGUUCCUCCACCACAACAGAGAUGAUGAUGGCCAUCACAGUGACCAGGUUGGCAGUGUCGGAUGUAGAGGUUCCUCCUCUCCUCUCUUCCAUCUCCCUGUGGAGUUCUUUCACCCCGCCACAGCCACAGCGGUCCCCCCACCCAUCCACAGGACGGGGGUAGACCCAGGGGGGAGAGAGGCAUCCAGGCUGCCUUCCCCAGCCUCCUGGUCCUCUCUGCGCUCCCCAGGGGCCAACAGCAGUGUCCUAGACUCCCCAGGGGCCAACAGCAGAGUCCUAGACUCCCAAGGGGCCAAAAGCAGGGUCCUAGACUCCUCAGGGGCCAACAGUAGGGUCCUAGUUUCCCAGCACCCGUCCCACAGUGACUCGUCCCUGGCCACAGGCAGCUCCGAGGGAAGCCUCCAGACCACCCUGGAGGAAGGUCUCAGCUUUAGCGUCUCCCCCCCUCGAGGAGACCUGGGACUCUCCCUGGCCCUGCCUCUCCUCUGCCCUCUCCCCCUCCCUCACCUCGACGAAACACGACAAACCCUCAGAUCGCUGGGUCACCCCUCAAUGAGAGGCCGCAGUACAGCAUUCAACCUCCAAGCCACUAGAGGGCACCAGAGGAGCCAGAGCAGCUGUGGCAGCAGCACCAGUCCCGGGUGCCCAAGGCAAGACUCUAUGGACCCUUCAGAUGACGAUUGUGGGAUAGGGAUGGGAGGCGAAGGAUCCAGUCAGGCUUUUAACAGCGAACGUUUAUCAGAGACACUUAGUAGUUUGUCUCUGACGUCACUGCUGUCACCUAGCUCCCUGGCACCCCCUCUGGUGAAAAAAUGUAAUAGCACUGGGAGUUUGGACCAGGCAAAUCUUUCUGUCAGGAGUAAAGAUGGACAACAGUACUAUGAGAUAGAUGCUCAUGGGUACCUCACCAACCCUUGGACUGAGAAGAGGGGUGGACAGGAAGGGGAGAUGGGGUUUGGAGUUAAAGGUACAAGCCAGAUGAUGGAUUCCGGCUCGAGGAAAAACAGAUGAAACUUUAUCUAUCGGUCGGAACUUUUUUUUCUCCUCCAGAGGUGUUUGAUUGAUAUCUGUUCAAUGAACUCGUCUCCUCCUUCUUUCGCUCUCUCUCUUUCAUCAGUGAGAUGUCCAUGUUCUCUUCUUUCCAUGACGAUUGGGUGAAAAUUGAAGCUGAGUGAUUGGUAUACAUUUUGUGGAGGAUUACAAUGACUUCUGGGUAAUGGAGUUUAAUUAAGGCAUCUCAUUUUCUGAGACAUGUGGAUAUUCUUUGAGAGGACUACAGCAAUGACAGGACCCUUGAAAAACAUGCUAAUUCUGGGCUUGCAUGGAGUAUAGUCGCCCUCAUCCAUACACCCAAAGAAAAGCAAAAAAAGUAACAAAAUGUGAAUUUCGUGUGAGCAUUGUCGGAACAUUGAUGAAACUCGAAAAGAAAACGAUUGACUAACAGGGCUAGCUUAGCUUAGCGGCUAAUGCUAAUGCUCCUGUGAUUGACAACAGGGCUAGCAUAGCCCAGUGGCUAAUGGUAGUCUAAUGGUUUUGUCCUCUUGAAAAAAGACAAUGCUCAUUAUUAAGAUAAGCAGAUUGUAGAGUCCUUUCGAUGAGACUUUGUACAAAGUUGUUGUUUUUUAUUCACAUCUAUAAGGUAGCAUUGAUUACCAACUUUUUCUUUUAGCUUAACAUUUGAUAGGUGAAAAAAAAUCAAGGUUGCAUAUUUGAUGGGUUUUCUAGUUAUAAAACAUAUUGGAUCUGUAUGAAUGCAGAUGUGUCCCUCUGUGUGUGUUAGGAUGAGAUAUAAAGGCUAAUCUAGAAAUACUAGAAUUAGCAAAAGGGCACCUUUUGAAUGGAAAAUAAAUCAAUAUGUGAGAGCUAUAGUGAAGAGACGUGGGGAGUGAAUGAGAACAUAUGCCGUACCAUAGAGGAAUAGACAAUGUUCUCAUGAAUCACCCAUGAACCAAGGGCUUCAGAGAAGAUGCUCUCCUGUCCCUACUGGAUAGAUGCACCAUAUCCAAUGAGAGAUCGAGAUCGGACGCCAUCUUGGUUGGUGAAACACAAAGUAAAACAAAGUCCCGGUCAGUUUCACAAAAUGGAGUUCUUGUCUCUUGUCCCCCCCUUGUUGACAUUUGUGCAGCGUUGUGUAUCGACGUUUUGAAGGAAAAUUGUAUACCUCAGGUGGAUUACAGAAAACACUGAAGUGGAUCUAUAAAAUAUUUUUUUCAACGCUCACACUCAGAUGGUCACAUAAAUACACAAGCGCACCCACACCACAACCACAAAGAUGUCAAAGAUGUCCGCUUACCUGCAGUAUGUUUUGGUUUUUCUUGAAGACAGGAAGAGAUCAGAGAGGAACAAAUCUCUCACUCGAUCGCUCGUCGUCCAGCUUAUCCUCCUUUCAUUCUUUCUCAUUAUCCGUUAGAAUUAAAGGGGCACUCCACUAUUUUCUAAGCUCAUAUUCAAUAUCUCCAUGUGGACACCGGCAUGUUGCAGGAAGGACAGUAGGAAUAUCAGGUUAAAUAAGUAGCGAAGUGCCACUUUAAAAUACCCAGUUGGAAAAGCCAGUUUAUUUAACAUAUUAUUAUGAGAUAUGCAAUAUUUGAAGCAUACAGAUAUAUAUGACACAGGUAUAGGUAGGCGAUAGGCAAGAGGGUUCAAAUAUAUCGCUAUUAUGUAUUACAGUAAAAUGUCAAUAGGCUCCAAUGAGAUUCAAAGGUCAUUCAAUUAUGAUGUGUUAGAAUGUCUGUGUAUUCCAAGAUGGUAGGAUCAGGAUCUUUUGUUCUUGUCUUUUCCCCCGCCCCCUAAGUUGCAUGUUGUUAUUCUUUUGUGAAAUGUCAGCUUAGAGUCAUAAAAGUGGAUUAGCUUCUCAACCUCGGCGGAUUCUUGAUUCUUUAACAUGGUGACUCGUCUUAUUUACAGGACGCGUCAUCAUUCAUUUGAAUGUCGGACCCUUUUCAUCUUCCCAUGUUAACCGUUGACCCUUUUCAUCUUCCCAUGUUAACCGUUGACCCUUUUCAUCUUCCCAUGUUAACCGUUGACCCUUUUCAUCUUCCCAUGUUAACCGUUGACCCUUUUCAUCUUCCCAUGUUAACCGUUGACCCUUUUCAUCUUCCCAUGUUAACCGUUGACCCUUUUCAUCUUCCCAUGUUAACCUUUGACCCUUUUCAUCUUCCCAUGUUAACCUUUGACCCUUUUCAUCUUCCCAUGUUAACCGUUGACCCUUUUCAUCUUCCCAUGUUAACCCUUUGACCCUUUUCAUCUUCCCAUGUUAACCCGUUGACCCUUUUCAUCUUCUCAUAUUAACCUUUGACCCUUUUCAUCUUCUCAUGUUAACCUUUGAACCUUUUCAUCUUCUCAUAUUAACCUUUGACCCUUUUCAUCUUCCCAUGUUAACCCGUUGACCCUUUUCAUCUUCUCAUAUUAACCUUUGACCCUUUUCAUCUUCCCAUGUUAACCUUUGACCCUUUUCAUCUUCUCAUAUUAACCUUUGACCCUUUUCAUCUUCCCAUGUUAACCGUUGACCCUUUUCAUCUUCUCAUAUUAACCUUUGACCCUUUUCAUCUUCCCAUGUUAACCUUUGACCCUUUUCAUCUUCUCAUAUUAACCGUUGACCCUUUUCAUCUUCCCAUGUUAACCGUUGACCCUUUUCUUGAGGCACCCAAAGUCUCAUUCUCUCCCAAGUGUUCAUUGAUUACGUUACUGAUUGGUCGUAGUAGCAGCUGUGUGGGAACCCUAGCAGUUGAUAGCUCCGUUUCGAUGCAUAAUUCCUAGUGAUGACUUAUUGAACGGUAGACUCUUUCACAUGGGAUGUUGUCUGUUUUGAUUGUAAGGACGAAGUGCAGGUUUGUUAGUGCUGCCUACACGUGUAUGUCAUUUUGAGAGUAGAUUUGUAAGGAUAGAAUAUCACAAUUAGAAAAGAACACAAACCCAACCUGUGUAUUAAUGCAUAUUCAUCCGUGUCAAUGUUGAAACUCUAAAUCUGGUGUUCUUCUUCUCUCUCGCUAAACAUAACGGGCUCCAAACUACUCCAACUAUUCAAAUAGCCUUCUUCAUUUACCUUGGGCAUUCCUCUUGGUUGUUCUAGCUCAAUAAACAGAUAGACCAAGUCAGAGACAUGAGCUAAAAGAUAAUCAAAUCAAAUAGAAGCUUCAGUGUCUCUUAGGACCCUGAUGUGUGUGUGUGUGGAAACAAGGAUAAUAUCUUUGACAAAUAUUUGAAAUGAGAAACCGUGGGUUUGGCACUUGUAGUUGGCUUCAGAUUUAAUCACUUGGUCCACACAAAUAUAAAUGUCAUUUCGGUUACUUAAAAAAAACAGCAGAUUUUUCUUUGCCCGGUUUUUAAAGCCCCUUAACGUUCCAUGAUGCUAACACCAUGUUAAAAUACAAACUUCACGAGACUACAUCUGUUCAAACAUAUUUUGUUCACAGAUAUUUCAAAAGAUUUGAGGCCAGAAGAGAUGUUUGUUUACUACAAAAGGCUGCUAUUCAACCAACCGGGUGUUUAGUAAGCCUUUGAUACAGUAUCUGAAAUGAACACAUCUCUUAUCUCAUCACGUCAGAUUAGAUGCUGUUCAGUCUCACAGAGAUAUAUCAGAUGGCAGUUUAUCUUCUCUUUUCAUUUUUCCCCCUCUUUUCUUUGUUUUUCAUGUCCUGCUGUCUUCAGAGCCGUGUCUCACUGUUUAGUGUCUUAAAUGAUGAACCGUAGCAUCACAGUCUUCCUCACACAGCUUCCAACACUAGAGAGUGUUUGACAUCUACAAGUAUCAAAGAGAAGCGUAUGACUCUUAGCAGCAGGUGUGUUUGUCUACUUGAAUGAGUGUGUGUGUUUGUGAAUGCUCGUCCCUCUGCCCGAAAUAGGACCUACUACACCAUUGUAGGAAAUGGCUGCAAUUGAAGAAAAAAAUUGAUGUAUGAAAGUCAUUGAUCCUAGUCACAAUCUUUCCUGUGGGUUUCUUGGUAUUCAGCAGCAACAUGCACAUUAUCAGCUAGCCUAGCCAAGCCUUCAUUCAAACACUAUUAAGUGUUAACAACACUAGCUUUCUGUGACUGGGUCUCGUCCUCUAAGUUUGAAAGGGUUUUUAACAUCAAUCUAUGGUAGCUUUGCAAGUGGCCCUCUAUUCCCUAUAAUACCCUGAGGUUAAAAGUAGUGCACUAUAUUGGGAAAAGGGGGCUAUUUGGGACAAGUCUGUAACACUUGUACACCUGGGGCUUUACCUCCCUUGGAGAGAACCAGACUGAUCGAAAAGCACACGCACGCACACACACGCACGCACGCAUGCACAUGGACACGCACACGCACACACACACAUACAGACACACACACACACAGCUUGAUACGCUGGUACACCUGCGGCUCCCUCCUCCCCCCUGGAGAGAACCUGUCUGAUCAAAAGACUGCUUACGUGAACAGGCAUUUAACCACUAACACUAACACACAGCUGUCCACAGCAAUCUACAAGCCCUUGAUGUACUGUACUCACAUUCUAUUGAAUUAGAUGAAGACAGAGAGACAGAGAGAGAAGCACAAAGGUUACUAGGUGUGUUUGAUCAGACUAACACAAGAGAAGGAAGAAUAGGAAUGAAUAGGGAUGAAUGAGAGUGAAAGGAUGGUGAUAGGUGUGUAGUGUGUAUACACACACACACACACACACACCUUCGCUGGCAUGGCCCCAGCCUUAGCUUGUUAGAUGUUGGCCAGCUGUGGAGAGGGUUGAUGUUGAAUUCUGUUCUGGGUGCAUACGGACAUCUGGGAUACAUGGA